CAAGAGGCUGCCCUGAAUGGAAGGUGAGCAGGGGGAGCUGAAGGGGAGGGGCACGUCCGAGUCGCUGCCCCUCCUCUUCCUCUGCCCAGCCCUCCUCCCGGGUGCGGAGCUUCCCCGGUCCGCCCCAGGCAUGUUGACCGCGGCUUGGCUGGCGAGAGGCAGCGCCGGCGGCUGGGGGCUCCUGAGGAACGCGAGCCCGGGAAGGUCCUUGCGGGCCACCGUCGCCGCGGCAGUUGCUGGAGCCUCCACAGCAGAGUUGGGAGGCGCGCGCCGCAGAGACCCUCGAGCCGCACUCGCGGCCUCCUCGCUGAGCGGCCUCGCGCCCCCCUCCUUCUCCCCGCUACUGCGCCUGCGCCGGACGAGCUCGGUGCCGUUGCUUGCCUCGUCUGCGUGGGUUCCCUUUUGUCGCCGCUGCUCUCGCUCCGACGGCUCUUCGGAGCAUGGAGCCCCCGGCAGGCCCGAACUGUAUGAAAAUCCCUGGACAAUACCCAAUUUACUUUCAAUGGCAAGGAUUGGCUUGUCACCAGUUUUGGGUUACUUGAUAGUUGAAGAAAAUUUUAAUAUUGCAUUGGGCGUAUUUGCUCUGGCUGGUGUGACAGAUCUGCUCGAUGGCUUUAUUGCACGAAACUGGGCCAACCAGAAAUCUGCUCUGGGGAGUGCUCUGGACCCCCUGGCAGAUAAAAUUCUUAUCAGUAUCCUUUACAUUAGUCUGACCUAUGCAAAUCUUAUUCCAGUUCCUCUUACAUCUAUGAUCAUUUUGAGGGACAUUGCAUUAAUUGCUGCUGUUUUUUAUGUACGAUACAGAACUCUUCCUCCACCAAGAACACUUAGUAGAUACUUCAAUCCAUGUUAUGCCACUGCUCAGUUGAAACCAACAUUCAUCAGCAAGGUGAAUACAGUCACACAGCUUGUUUUAGUGGCAGCUUCUUUAGCAGCUCCAGUUUUCAAUUAUAUGGACAGUGUGUAUCUUCAGACUUUAUGGUGUAUCACAGCUGUCACCACCACAGCAUCUGCAUACAGUUACUAUCAUUACGGGCGAAAAACAGUUCAAGUGCUAAACAACAAAUGAAGCCUUGCAGAGCAGCUGCUUACCUGCCAUUCAUUUGAUAUUGGGAAUGUUAACUGCAUCAUUUUGGACUUCAACUAUGGAUAAAGAACUAUUCUUUUGAUAACUGCCUCGGCAAAACCACAUCUUCACAGUGAAUUUAAAAUGAAGUUUUGAUCAUGUAAAUACACAGACUUUUCAAUCCAAUUUUUUUAAUUUGUUACAAAUAAAGUAUAAUUUUUUACCGUAAUGUACUUACACACAUGUGAAAAUCCUUGCCUGGUAUCGUAUGUUUCUGUUCACUGCUUUUCAGAAUUUUGCACAUUUUUAAAAAGCAUUCAGGGUUGUUGCGUUACACCCUUUGAUGUAUCUGAACAAAAACAGAUCUGAAGGAUAAUUAAGGAGCACUUGGCACAAGCAAAGUCCAACUUAGUUUCAUUGUAUUCAGAAUGUGAUCUAGUCAAAGCGAAUUGAUCUUUGGGAUCGUUUUGUGGCACAGUGUAAAUAUGCAUGAAGUAGAGCUCCUAGCAUAUUACUUUGAAUAUCACAAUCCUCUGCAAACUUAAAAGUAGAGCUUAUGUUUAAAUUGCAGCUGAUCAUCCUUGCAUCAUUGCUGGGGCCAUUCAAAAUAAAAAAUUGAACACUUCAGCAGUCUGAUCCUCAUAUUUGCUGUGCUGCUUUGUAAAAAUUCAAGAAAGGGCAUUCACCAUUGUUCCAAUCCACGAUAUAGCACGAUAAUAUUGGGUAAACAUGCUAUCGGUUCUUAAGAAUCAAACCCCUGAUUUAACAAAGUAACCAUAAGCCUUUGUGGUAGGACAAGUUAUAAAUGUGCUAUCCAUAAUUUGAACAGACUUCUUAAAUGUAUUGGUAAAAGGAAAAAUCUGAUAGAGCAUGGUGUCUAAUAAAACCGCUGAGUUAGCAAUUUUAAAUCUCAGCUUUUUGGUAAGAUCUUGCUAGGUACACUCAGUCAGCCUUAGUCCUCCUUCUGGGAAGAAGAGUGAGUUGAUUUAUAAAGGUUAAAAACAUAUGGGUGAAGCAUUAUAAACAAGGUAUUGGCUAAAUGUCAAGAAUUGUUGCCUUAUCAGUAUGGGGAUGUGUUCUUUCUAUGACAUUCAAAUUCCAAAUCCUGUUCACAGAUGGAUUUUGAGGCUUGUGCUGAUGUCCUCUUUUAUUUGUCUUUGUAUCUCUAAACACCUUUCAAAUUAAAUGCUGACUGUGACAUUAAGAGCUACUUAGUACUGAAUAUUGUAUUAAGUCAUGACAAUACAAGGAAAAACAAUGCUUUUGAUUACUAGAAGUGUUGCAAGAAAUAAUGGGACUUUUGGAGAUGACAUAUGGUUAGUGAUACUACUAGCAUAUGGUCAAUUUCUAGGAAAGCUGUUGCCAGGAAAGAGUUGAUCUCAGUAAUUUAAUAAUUAGAGAAUACAAAUUUAAUCCCAAAGGACUGUACUAAAAACUAGGGUCACUGAUUUUUCUGGUUUCUGUAGUUCAUUAGACAGUCACAUUAAAGGAAGCAGAUAUGCUAGGUUUUUUUUGUCUUAUUUGUACCACUUUUAAGAACUGUACAGAUCACUUUUUAAAUGUCUUAUUUAAAAAUUGAACAAUCUGCAAGACAACUGCCAGGGGCCAGUGUGUGAGCAUGUAGGAUGUUUUGCAUGUGACAAGUGAGUUACUGAACUGUGUAGGGAUUCAUCUACAUGAUUUUGUGCAUGUUGCAUUAUGCUGCUACCUCCUCAAAAAUGAAGGCUUAUGGAAUAGAAUUGCGGGAAUUGGUAGUUAACUCAGUGUAUAGGAACAAUUAAUAUAUUUUUAUAUUUGAACUUGUAUACAAUUUAUAAAGUGUGUUUUGAAAACACUGUUGUUUGAUAGUUCUGUGCAAAUCCUGGAUGCUGCAAAAUUGUGCUGCAGUAUAAAAAACAGUUUUCGUUUAAUAAAAACCUGUGAAAAGGGC